UUACCCAGAUUUUGCAAGGUAACCCUUCAUCUUCCUCAACUCCAUUAACGUUGACUGAAGUCUGUAACGGUGGUUUGACAAAGCUGACGGCGACUGGGUGGUGGCGGUGGUGUGUUGUGCAUAUCACUAUUGUUGGAGAUGAGUGAAGACGUGGUACCCGUAUUUGACCACGGUGGAAACUUUGUUAGAGACAACAAGGGGGUGCUUGUGUACAUCAAUGGAGAAGUCAAGAAGUUUUCCCCAAUGGAUAUUGACUUGAUAUGUUUCUUUGACCUGAAAAAUUUUUUUUUAGACUUGGGUUACCAUGACUACAAGGCAAUAUUUUAGUAUGAUCCUACUUCUGCUGACCUAGAAUCCAGUCUUCACCCAAUUUAUGGAGACAAAAAGAUCAGAGCUCUGUAAAAGAACAAAAUGCUAAAUGAGAAUACUAACAAAUUCUGCAUCGAUUUUGACCAUUCAAUCAUGGAAGAUACGGAGUUCAUUGAUGAUGAUGAUGUUAGUGUUGAGGAGGUGGAUGUGCAAGAGGUUAGUGCUGAGGAUAAUGGUGUUGAGAAUGAUGCAGAUGUUGAGAGUUCAGAUAGUGAUGAUGGAUAUGAGUCAACAGAAGAUGCAUUGUACAAGCCCCCACCUUCCGGAUAUGGUUUUUCGGAUUCAAGUGAAGAGGAAGAGUCAGUCAGAGCUGGCAAGAAAGGAAAGAAUAAGGGGAAGAAGAAAUCCCCAAUGAAGACCUUGCAUAAGAAAUCAAAAGUUAGUAAGCAUGUUAAUGGGCUAGUUGACAAGGACAAUGGCAAGUCAAAAAGGACAAGUAUUGGAAGAGAAGAGGUAGCUGGACCAUCUGUCCACAAAAAGAGUCAUGGUGGGCCUGCCAGGCCUAAUAAGAGUGAUUAUGGGCCUGCUGGAACAGAAAAAGUUGUGAAUGAACCUUCUAGUGACAACAAAAACAAUGCUACACAUACUAGUACCAAUGAGACUGCAUCAAAGUCCAGAAAACCUGCUACACUUGAUGAAGAACUUGGUGUGGAGUUAUUACCUGAGUCAGAUAUUGAGUUUGAGUAUGAGUCUGAACAAUUUUUGACUCCGAAAGACUCAAGUGAUGAUGGACAAAAUGGGUUUGAUUGA